AUGGCGGCCGAGCUGCAUCCUCGCAGCGGUAAGCUGAUCGGCCUAUCAAACUCGAACCGAACAGCUCAUCGUAACCAACCUGUCCAGGAAUUCAAUAAUGGGUUGGUCCUCAGUCGAGAGCCUCUUAGAGAUCGUGAUGUCUUUACUGUUCGCAUCGACAAAAAGGUGAACUCAUGGAGCGGCUCCAUUGAAAUAGGUGUGACAGCACAGGACCCAGCCAGCCUGCAGUUCCCGAGCAGCGCCACGGGGCUUCAGGGUGGCUCCUGGAUCGUGUCCGGCUGCUCGGUGCUGAAAGACGGGCGCUCGGUGCUCGAGGAGUAUGGCCGGGACCUGGACCAGCUGGGUGAAGGGGACCGCGUGGGUAUCCAGCGUAACGGGCGUGGUGAGCUGCACUUGUGGGUAAACGGACAGGACUGUGGCCCGGCAGCCAGCGGGUUACCCCCGAGGUUGUGGGCAGUAGUGGACCUCUAUGGCAAGUGCACCCAGGUCACCGUGGUCAGCUGCGAGCCACCGCCUGAGAGGGAGGGAGAUGAGCUGGAGGAUGAGACAGUGGAGGAAGAGGAAGAGGUGGAGCAGGCAACAGGCCUGACUGUCGGAGCAGGCUCGUGCCGCGGCCAUGAGGAUGGGGUAGGGGCAGUGGCUACAGGGGCUGUCGCUCCUGUGAUGAAUGGAACAGCUGAGGACGUUCCUGAGCUCUCAAGGAGCCACAGUCGACCAGACAAGUUCCCAAGUAACCUUGAGCCUGACACAGUUCUGACCGAGCACCAGUUGUUCGAUGUGUUCAACAAUGCAAUUGUCUCUCUGUACCGUUCUGAAGACGAGGGCGGAGGUGACCUUGGAGGUGGAGGAGGAACCGUUUCAGACUCUUCAAGGGGGUGCAUGGGAAGUAGUAGCAGUAGUGGGGGUGGAGGAGGGGGGAGCGACAGUGGCAUUGGAGCUGGAGGUGGGGGCAGUGCCAACAGCAGUCCAGCUGGGAGUUCGGGAGGCGUGACAGGUUUGGGGGUUGGGUCAGGAGGCAUGAUGACCAAUGAUGCGCUGUUGUUCCAUGAAAAGUGCGGCACACUGAUCAAACUUAGUAACAACAACAAGACAGCAGAGAGAAGGAGACCGCUGGACGAGUUUAACAACGGGGUAGUCAUGACCAAUAGACCGCUCCGUCACAACGAGAUGUUUGAGAUUCGUAUUGAUAAGCUAGUGGAUAAGUGGUCAGGGUCCAUUGAGAUUGGCGUCACCACUCACAACCCCAAUAAUCUGGACUAUCCUGCAACAAUGACUAACCUGCGCUCAGGCACAAUCAUGAUGAGUGGUUGUGGGAUUCUGACCAAUGGGAAGGGCACACGGAGAGAAUACUGUGAGUUCAGCUUGGAUGAGCUCCAGGAAGGGGAUCACAUAGGGCUGAUGAGAAAAGCCAGUGGAGCACUGCACUUCUACAUCAACGGCAUAGAUCAAGGUGUGGCAGCUAACCAAACUCCAGGUGUCGUGUAUGGUGUAGUGGAUCUGUAUGGAAUGGCUGUAAAAGUCACCAUCGUGCACAAUCAUAACCAUAGCGACCGCUUACGGCGUAACAAUGCUAUCAUGAGGGCGUUGUCGCCUGACGUAGGCAGACCCCGUCCUGUGCUCUCCCAAACCCCAGACCCUGAUGCAGCCGAUCGGCUGCUUUUUCACCCCAACUGUGGACAAAAGGCAGCCAUCAUUAGUGACGGCAGGACUGCACUGCGUCCUCACGCGACAGACGACUUCAAUCACGGAGUGGUCCUCAGCAAUCGGCCAUUGCGCUCCAACGAGGUGUUCCAAGUACGCAUUGACAAGAUGGUAGACAAAUGGGCAGGUUCCAUAGAGAUUGGAGUGACAACGCAUAACCCAGCUUAUCUUCAGCUCCCCUCUACCAUGACCAACCUGCGCUCAGGGACCUGGAUGAUGACAGGGAAUGGAGUUAUGCACAAUGGGACUACAAUACUGGACGAAUAUGGACACAACCUGGACCGACUGAAAGCUGGAGACACGGUCGGAGUGGUGCGUAAGGAGGAUGGUAGUCUGCAUUUCUUUGUGAAUGGUGUGGCUCAAGGCCCCGCUGCCUGGAACGUCCCGCCCAGUGUGUACGCAGUGGUGGACCUGUAUGGUCAGGCAGCCCAGGCCACCAUUAUGGACGACAUGGCGGACCUCCCUCCUCUCCCAGAUGACAGCUCUGAGGGACCGACCGCCAUGUCUCCCAGCAGUCCCUGCUCCGUCGCCGGGGGCAGCACGGCUAAUGACCUACGGUUCCACCAGCUGCACGGCACCAACGCAGUUAUCACCAACGGCGGACGUACGGCAUUCAGGCAGAACUGCCGCAGCGAGUUCAACGACGCUAUUGUCAUCUCCAACAGGUACCUUCGAGAUGGUGAGCUGUUUGAGAUUGUCAUUCAGAAGAUGGUGGAUCGCUGGUCAGGUUCAAUAGAAGCAGGAGUGACGGCAAUCCGGCCAGAGGAACUGGAAUUUCCCAACACCAUGACUGACAUUGAUUAUGACACCUGGAUGCUCAGUGGCACAGCGAUAAUGCAGGAUGGGAACACCAUGCGGAAUAAUUAUGGAUGUGACCUGGACUCCUUGACGACGGGCUCGCGGAUCGGGAUGAUGCGCACCGCGUCUGGUGACCUGCAUUACUACAUUAACGGAGUGGACCAGGGCGUAGCGUGUACUGGACUCCCGCCAGAGGUGUAUGCAGUCGUUGACCUGUACGGUCAGUGUGUUCAAGUGUCAAUCACGAGCUCGUCUGGUCCACUGGACAACAGUCUGUGCACCAGUAACAUCACAGAGAAGAGCUUCCCUAUACAUUCCCCAGUGGCGGGGGUGGCUCAUCGUCUGCACAGUAAACAUGGGAAAAAUGUGGUGUUGCUAGGUGAUGGUUGCCAGGCAGUGAGAGUUGGCAGCUAUGCCCAUGGCAUUGUUUUUAGUGCCAAGGAGCUCAAAACAGACGAGCUGUUUGAGGUAAAGAUAAAUGAAGUUGAUGAGCAGUGGUCGGGGUCACUACGUGUUGGUCUGACCACACUCCAGCCCCCUGACCUGCCCUCCUGCCCUCUCAGUGGCCUCUCGCCCUCCCUAACCCAGCUGAGGUCAAAAGUCACCUGGUUACUGGUGGGCUCAGAGGUCAGGCGCAAUGGGGUCUUACAGAGACAGAACUACGGCUGCUCACUGGACCGCCUCACGGUGGGUAAUCGUGUUGGAGUGAAGAGGUGCAGUGAUGACACCAUGCACAUUCUCAUUGAUGGAGAGGACAUGGGACCAGCUGCUACUGCUGUGGCCAAGAAUGUGUAUGCGGUGCUGGAUCUCUACGGAAAGGUGACGGCCGUGUCGAUCGUCAGCUCGACCAUGAUGGAGGACACAGAGAGUGUGAAAGCCCCCUCCCUCUCUUCUGACAGCUCUAGUGAAGGAGAAGAGGACAGCACACCGGUGAGAGAGGGGAGGAGAGAAGCUUGCGAGAACGAAUCUGCCUUGGUGCCUACCGUCAUGGCCUUCCUAGAGAACCAUGGGAAGAAUAUCCAGUUGUCCAAUCAGAAUCUGACUGCUGCUCGUGUGUCCAGUUAUAACCAGGGGUUACUAGUCACAGCACAACCAUUACCUCGUCAGCACCUGUUUCAGAUCCAGAUAGAUAGGUUAAACCCAUCGUGGACCUCUUCACUGUCUCUGGGUGUGAUUGGCCACUCGCCAGACCGUGUCAACUUCCCUUCCACAGCCUGCUGCCUCAAACGCUCUGUCUGGCUUUUGCAACGUGACUCUGUCUUCCACAACUCCCUCAAGAUCUGUGAGAAUUACGGCCCUAACUUGGACACGUGUCCUGAGGGGACUGUGCUGGGUUUGUUGGUGGAUAGCAGCAGCUGUCUGCACCUCUUUGUAAAUGGUAUGGACCAGGGUGUGGCUGCACAGGACAUCCCCAGCCCCUGCUACCCUCUCAUUGACCUCUAUGGCCAGUGUGAACAGGUUACUAUAGUGACAAACAAUGUGCCGACUGUGGGAUCAGAAAGUGGGGAGAUGCGUUGCCAAGGUGACAUGGAGAAGGCUGACAUGGUGGAUGGGAUUAAGGAGAGUGUGUGUUGGACUCCGCCUCCUGAGGUUAACCCCAAUAAGACAUGUGAAUACCAGGCUCUCUGCUCCAGAUUUAAGGACCUGCUUACGCUACCUGAUGGCUACUUUAAUGAGGAUGCCAAGUAUAACCUCUGUUACUGUGAGUCCUGUCAUAAGCUGCGUGGUGAUGAGGCUUAUUACAAACGGGGGGAGCCGCCCAGGGACUAUGCCCUCCCCUUUGGCUGGUGCCGAUUCGCUCUCAGACUCAAGCCACACUGUGAGGUGUCCAAUGCCUUAAAGAAGUGGCACAUCGCCUACCAUGGCACGAGCGUGGGCGCCCUCCGACGCACCCUGGACCACAGCCAGCUUCUCUCAGCAGAGUCGUCUUCCAUUUUCUCUGCGUCACCAGUGAAGACAGAGGGUCAGGGCAGCUAUGGUGAGCCAGAGGAGAACAGCGCUCCUGACAGGGAGAUCCCGCGCGUGCAGCUUUCCCCGACUAUGCGGUACUCUGGCCUGGAGACGUUUGCCCCUAAAGUGCAAUUCCGAGAUCCCCGCUCUCUACGUUGUCACCAGGCACAAGUGGGUUUCCAGGUGUGCGUGCGGCCGGGCUCUUACAAGGUCGGCCCUCAGACGCUGGGCGUCACCGAGUCACUGGACCCUCGAUUCAGCAACGCAGAAAUCGAGUGGAUCACCAAGGAGAAGGGUGGAACCCUUCUCUAUGGCCUGCUCAUCCGGGUAGAGUGAGGAUUGGCCAGGGAGCAAGAGGAGGAGGAGCAGAGAGGGGCAACAGGGCAGACACAAGUGGACGCAAGGCCAGAGUGUGUCCUGAACACCAAUGGCCACUCGGCUGAUCUCCUCCAACCAAAA